UUACAAUUAAACAAAAGCAAAAAGUUAUUCUUAACAUAUUCAACACUUUUAUUAGAUAAGUAUAUAAAUAUGAGUACUCAAAAUCCUUAAGUUUAAAGUUAAGACCAUAUUUAGGCUUAAAAUAGUUAGAACCAAAGAAACCCAAACGAGGUUAAUAAAUAGGAAAAUAAUUUAUCAAGACCCAUUUCUUAGGGAUAGAAUGCUAGUGAUAAAGAUGGAAUUUAUAUGAGAAAAUUAUAACUCAUGUAAAAAAAUUAAGGAGCAAAUGAACUCAGCCCAAAUGGGUAAAAUAUACUUAGAGUUGACACUGCCAAUAAAAUUACUACAAAACUGCAGCUAAAUAACACUAAUACUGAUACAAAAUGGGAAGAAUUAAUUAUAUCUGGAAGAAAUAUUUAAAAUAGGAGCGAUUUUACUUCAGUGAUAUUUGACCAUACAAUGUAUAUUUAUGGUGGAUAUGAAAUUAAUGCAGGCAUUCUUUCUGAUUUCCAUAAAAUUGAUCUCUAAGCAGGAGUUUAUAUAUGGGAUAAAGUGGUUGCCAAGAAUCCAAAGAAAUCUCCAGGAAAGUUGUGCAGACAUAGCGGAGUUGUUUACAAAAAUAAAAUGUACUUGUUUGGAGGUUAAUAUUAAGGACAGCUUAACCAUAAUAAAAUGUAUAGUUUUGAUUUUGCAACUUAGACUUGGGAAGAAGUUUUAUAUUUAGGUACAAUAUAACCUCCAUCAAUAGAUUCUCACAAAGCUUUAGUAUACAAAGAUACAAUGAUAGUUUUAUCAGGCUAUCUUGGAGAUACAGGAAUUUUUUCAGAUUAUAUAUUUAGUUUCGACUUUAAUACUAAAGUGUGGAAUGUUUUAUAUGAUGGCAAUUCAUAAAAGAAUUAAACUUACAAGCCUAGAAUAGGAGCUGGCAUUUGUCUUUAUCAAGAAAAAAUAUAUUUAUUUGGUGGAUAUGACGGUUACGAAAGAUUGAAUGAUCUUUGUUAUUUUGACCUCUAAUCUAAAAGUUGGAAUCAAGUGAAGUACAGUAGCAACUAAGUAAACUUUUUACCAAAGACAAGAAAAGGUCAUAGUCUUAGCUUGUAUGGAGAUUACCUAAUUCUAUUUGGAGGUAUUCACGAUGUUACUUGGGAACUUGAUGAUUUAUAUGUGUUUGACUUGAGAAACAGCAGAUGGUUAGUUGUAGAUGAAGAUUCCGCCAGAAGAAAAGAUUACUAAAAUAUGGCUGAUAUUUCUCCUGUCAAGUAAAAAUAGAGUCAGAGAGGAUCAUUUAAAAGAAACACUCUAUAUAACACAUAAAGAUAAAAAAGCUUGUUAGUAACUUCUCCAAUAAAAACAUAAAACUCUAAUUUUUCCCCAAAUAAUGCUGGUAGUGCAACAAGAAAGAGUCUUAAUAGAGGUACAACACAAAUAUAUUAGGAUCCCUAUUAUGCUAUGUCUGAAUCAGCAGAUCAACCUCAUUCACCUACAAGAAAUUUAGAUAAUUAAAAGAAAAAAGAGUUCUUUUAAAAAAAGGCUGAGAUGUUAGCUUAACUUCAAACUGGAGAAGAUGAAGAAAAAAUGAUGAGAAAUAACUCUAAUUCGCCUACUUCUGAAGCCAUGAAAAAUGCUCUUAUAACAAUUGGUAAUCCGAUGCCAGAAUUAAAAUAAGGAAAAAAAGGAAAAACAACUGAUUUUGGUAGAAUUACAUUCUCAAAAUUCCUAGAACCUAUUAAAUGUCCAGCAAACUCAAAGGUAGGUAAAAAGCCAUGUGCCCGUGAUGGCCAUGCAGCAGCUAUCUUGCAAAGAAAGUUAUAUAUAUUUGGUGGUGAUAGACAUAAAAUGUCAUUCAAUGAUAUGUUUGCAUUAGAUUUAGAAAAAUGUUUAAAUUAACUUUAACAAUAGCAAUAAUGA